AAUCGCUCAACUCGACUGCGAUUGGUGGUGAACCGUCGAGGCCCAAGGACUGAGAGAGAGAGCGGCGGCUGAUUUGCUCGAGACAAGUAAGCAACAAACGAUGGGGCACCUGCUCCAUUCUAGACAAGCGCCGUCGUGGUGGGGUGGUGGGGUCGAGCGAAUUGUGUCGCUUUGCAGCGUAACAGAGUUCGAUUACAUGUCUGGUGGAGAACGGGGGGCAAAGUGAAGAGCCAAAAUUCUGAUUACAUGUCUGGUCAUUCCUUAGUCGAGGUCCAACAGAAGUUCAGCUCUACCUGGUAAAGGAACGAUAUAUUUCUGCAAAUCACGGUAUUAUACUUCACCCGUGUAGUCUUAAGACCAAGCUGGAGGAUUUCAGAGUAUGAAUGACUUCGUUGUGGCCCACGGAAAGGCGGGUGCUAGUGGAAUGAAGGAGGAAGAAGAAAGCCUCGCAGUACAGGCUGAGUAGUUCUGAGAUUGGUGGAAAAUCUGCAAUCGUGGCGAGACUUUGGGAAAUUCAGUUUGAUGAGGUCGUUUGAGUUCUGUACGACUGUCAUUAGAUUCGACGAGGUGGAUGAAGGGGUCUAGUGGAAGAAGCAGACAGGGUUUCGGACAGGCUUCCAACAUGACAGUUGCUGGGGAGAAAGAUAUAGGGAAGGGAGAUGGAGUUUCGCCGCAGCAGAUGCGCCGGAGAUCGCUGCUUUGUAUGGCGCUUCUGACUUUGCAGUAUGGUGUUCAGCCUCUUCUGACUCAGCACUUCUCCGGGAAACAAGUGAUAAUGACAUCGGUUGUCCUUACAUGUGAGCUGGUUAAGGUACUUCCACCAAUUUGGUCUGCUGAUUUUUCGAGCACAUGGUGCUGCUGCUUUGACGGUUGCCUGGUUUCUUUGUAGGUAUUUGUUGCAGUGGUAGCCCUUAUAUGGGAAGGCAGUUUCUCGAAAAUGAAACAAGAAUGGAGUUUCAUGGACGCUAUGAGAGGAUCCGCCUUGCCUGCAAUUAUCUAUGCUGUACAAAACUCACUGGUCCAAGUGUCAUACCGGAAUCUUGAUUCUUUGACAGCCACAAUGCUCAAUCAGACCAAGCUGGCUUUCACAGCUUUUUUCAUGUUCUUAAUUCUUGGUCAGAGGCAGUCGAGACAACAGAUAGGAGCUCUUAUGCUAUUGCUCGUCGCAGCAACUUUAUUAAGCCUCAGCCAGAAGUCAUCGAAAUCCAAUGCAGUUGUAUAUGAGCAUUCUUUCAUACUCGGUGUGAUUCCCGUUCUGGUUGCGUCUGUCCUCUCCGGCCUUGCUUCAACUCUGUGUCAGUGGGCAGUUCAGGUUAAGAGACGAAGCAGCUAUCUCAUGACCGUAGAGAUGUCAGGAAUUGGAAGUUUAUGUCUAUUCAUAAGCUUAUCACAAUCUCCUGAUGGAGACGCAAUAAGAAAGAAGGGAUUUUUUUUUGGCUGGACUCCAUUGACAAUGCUGCCCGUCGUAACCAAUGCCUUGGGAGGAAUUCUUGUUGGCUUAGUAACAAUGUAUGCAGGAGGCGUGAAAAAGGGCUUUGUGAUCGUGUCUGCUUUGCUUGUAACAGCGCUUUUACAAGUCAUAGUAGAUGGAGUUAUGCCCUCUUGGCUGGUGUUUGCCGCUCUUCCUCUUGUCGUGACUAGCACGAUUAUACAUCAGAAGUACCCGUACGUAUCGAAGAAGAAGGCAGAGUGAAGAGGUGCUGAAAUAGAGCCCCUGAACAGAAUGGCGUGUUUGUAUGCACCUCUGUAUUAGCAUACUGCUCAUCAAUCACUCGUAACGAGUCCCAUCUGAACUUCAACUUCUCAUACCGUAGAUGUACAUCAAAACACAUGUUUAUGAUUCCGACAUGCAAUAAUACAUCAACGAGUGUGAAUCCCUCAUUCUUGGCAAGUCUUACAUCUUCAUCUUAUCAUUUUGGUAGCCGUAGGUCACAUUUAGAACCAAUUGUACGUAUAUGUAUACCGUUAUUCUGGAAUUGCUCGCGUAAAAGUUGAAAG